UGUGUGUUCCUCGUCGGUGAUGUUUGUAAACUGUAGGAAACGUCAAAGGAAGCGUCCGGGAGCGUCGUACGAUAAUAUGCAGAUGAGAAUUGCAUGAUUCAUUGCUUGAUUAUUAUCACAGAAAAAUGGUUCGCACCGACUGGGACCGAAUACUAUCCGUAAAUGCUUCGUCUUUAACAGACGAAGAAAUCGAGGAUCUUUUUCCCGCAGUGGUCCGAUGUGACGUGGACGAGAUCGCCGACACACACGGUCUGCGGACGCUCGUGCGAUUAUCACAAGAAAUGUUGACAUAUAAAGAUAAUCAAGUCGAGGCUUUGCUUCUUGAGUGUGGCGAAUUGAAAGAAACGAUAGCUUCCCUACGUCCAGAGACUGCCAAACGAAAGAUCAAAGAUCGUGGUAUGGUUUCAAUAAAACAAGAAAAUGAUAGUUUUACCAAAGAUACAGAUUUAAGGAAAUAUUCAGACACACAAGGCAAAAGUGAAAAAAUUAAAACACUUAUGGCAGAGCUAGAGACUUUGGACAAAGAGAAUGAGAUUCUUAAGGAGCAGCUAACAACAUUGAAAGAUGAAAUGGAGGAUGCAACAGAAAAAAUGAAUGAAAUGACAGAAGAGCUUCGUUCAGCUCAAGUAAAAACUGUGGAAUACAAAGAAAAGAUAUUGAAAUUGGAGCAAGAAAAUACAGCUUUGAUUAUUCAAAUUGAGGAUGUAACAGCGCUACAAGUAGACAGAGACAAAAUGUUGGAUGAAUUUGGUAUAGCUAUUGAUGCUAGAAUAUCUGAGUGGAAGGGCGUACUGGAUGAGAAAGAUGCAGAGAUAACACGUUUGAAGGAAAGCUUGUCACACUCUUUAAUGCAAUCGAUUACAUCGGCCAAAGAAGAAAAUAAAACACAGAUUGUCCAUCUAAAUGACGAAAUCGCUCGAAGGGAUACGGUUAUCGCUGAAUUGCAAACUAAACUUUCUGAAGCAGUUGUCGAGAUAAAUGAGAGUGCUGCACUUAUAGAAAAAUUAAAAGGAGAGGCACACGAAUCUGUAAAAAGUGACAAACGGAAAGAACAAAAAAGUUUGUUGAAAAAAAUACAAAUUGCAAAUGAAAAGAUCUCUAAUUUGGAAAAUGCAUUGUCACAAGCGCAGGAUGAUGCCAAAUCACAGAGUAGUAAAUUAUGCGAGGUAUUAUCUACGUUGAAAGAAUAUGAAGAUGGAAAUCAGGCUUUAUCUAAGGCAUUAAACGAAAUUAAAGAAUUGAAAAUUAAAAUUGAUCACAAAAAUGAACAUAUUGAAGAUUUAACCAAUGUGAUUAAUAAAUUGGAGAUGUUAAAUUCAUAUCAAGAAAUGGAGAUCUUAACUCUUAGAGAGAAAUUAGGACUUCCAGAAGAUGAGUCGAUAUCGAUUAAAAGUAUUGUAGCAAAACGUAAAGAGGAAUCAAAGAAAAUGGAAAAACUUAUUCAGCAGAAUAAAAGCCUCGUAGAGGAAAAUUUAGAAUUAAAAUCAGAUAUAAGAAUGUUAAAAUAUAAAUUGAGUAAGUCUGAGAAAAUAUUAGAUAUUUCAGACAGCUUAGGUGAUUCUAGUAAUCAGUUUUUACAUUCGACUAAAUUAGUGGAAUCGGAAAAUAUGCAAAUAUCUUCCAAAAUUGAUAUUUCUGAAGUUAACCGAAAUAUUCAGAUACUUAUAGAAGAAAAUGAGGCACUUAGAACGGGCAUGCAUGAAAUUAUGGACAGUAUACGCAAUCAAGAUGGUAAGAGUGAAGUGGAAAUACAGUCCAGCACAUUGGAACGAUUAUUGGAAGCUUUGGAUGUUAGGCAUUUAGCUGGUUGGUAUCAUCCAGCUAUGAGAUUGCAGGAACAUCUUAAUGUUGUACAGGGUAGUAAUGCUGAAUUAAGAUCACAACUUAAAUUGUUAAGAAAAGAAUUGCAAAGGAAGGAUAAUAUUUUGCAAGAUUUAGCAGCAAAUAAGGAUAUAGAUUUUGAAAAAUUUUACGAGAAACAUGGUGAAGAUGAGGUGAUAACAAUGUAUCUUGCAGAAAUGAAAGCUUUGCAAACGGCAUAUAAAAAUGAAACAGAUGAAUGGGAGAAGCAGAAAGACUUGCUGAUUCAAGAAAGUAAUGAGUUAAAAGAUGAGAUAGAUGGUCUUAGAAAGCAAUUGGAGAUUUAUAAGAAAAAUUGGCAGAUUAUAGAAAAUGGAGAUGACGAAGCUCAAAAAGCCUUUGCAGCAAAAACGAGAGAAUUUGUGGAUGCUGCUAAUGAAAGAGUAGUUAUGAACAGGAAAAAUGUUAGCCUUCAACAAUUGCUUAAUAAGGAAACUAACAGAUUGUACGAAUACCAAAAAGAGAUAAUUAAAAAAGAGGGUGAUUUUAAUAGAGCACUCACUGAGGCAAACAAAUACAGUAAAACGUUGUUAUCAGAGCUUUCACUCUUGCAGAGUAAUUUAUCUAAUUCCGUGAGCGUAAUAGUGCAUAACGAAUUGAAAGAGAAAUAUGAAGAAUUGAAUAUGCGUCAUCACGCUUUGUUAGAAACUGCGAUGAUAUCUCCAAAUUUCAAUGAAAUGUCGUCAUUGAAAGCAGAAAUAGAGGCAAUAAGACAGGAGAAAAUUCAACUUAUUCAGGAUUCGCGGAAAGCGGAUGAUUGCGUGAGCGACGAUAGUUUACAACAAAAAUUGAAAGAGAUAGAAGCCAAGGAGUCGAUUGAGAGGCAACGAGCUGAUCAAAUGGCUAGAUUACUCGAAAUAUCACAAACACAGUUAACAAAGUACGAAGAUAACGUUAAACAACUUUCUGUUUCUAAUUCUGAGUUGCAAGAGAGAUUGAUUGAGGUACACAAGACACUGUCUAAAAAUAUAAUGCUGCAGGAAACUGUACAAAUGGAUGAUAACCGUAUACAUGAACUACAAAACGAAAAAACGAAACUUUUUGUGGAGAAUCAAAGUCUGAAAAAAAUGCUACAAAUUUCUGAAGAGGAGGCUCGAUUGCAGUAUUCGCUGAAUUCACUACAAACACUGGAAUUAGAUAGUCUGAGGCAUCAAAUAUUGGAUUUGCAAGCUGUGAGUGAAGAUAAGGCCACUAUCUCGAGACUUGAUUUUGAGCUUACGAGUAAGAAAAUAUCAGAAAUGGAAUUAUCUGCUCAGAAAACACGACUGCAGAAUGAGUUGUCUUGCGUGCGACAAGAGCUUGAUAAUUCAAAAAAGAGAUACGAGGAAAUGCGUGGUUACGUACAAGAUUAUCGGAAACAGUGUGACAAUCGUUGCAAGUAUUAUACAGAUAUCAUAUACUUUUUACAAUGUCAAUACGCGGGAUCAACUUCCAUAAGUACUUUAGAGAAAGUAAUUACAUUGGCUGCAAAAUUAAAAACAGAUCGUCAAAAUAUCGAUGCAGAAAUGCAAAAGACAAAAAAGUGUCAUGAGGAUAUUAAAUACGAACAGCAAUAUCUAUCAGCUCGCCUUGAAAUUGUGGAACGUCUAAAAGAUAUGCUAGAGCAACAAAUUGGCGCUGGCAGCGUUCAAAAUAUAAUGGAACAUUAUGCCGAAACUUCACAGCAAACCCUAAGUGAUUUUAAAUACAAAAGAAGAAUAACUCAUUUGGAGCAUGAACUCCAAAUUGCUAACAGCAAAUUCAAUGAAUACGAGUCAGUAAUAAACAGCAUGGAACAAGAUAUGUUAAAUAUUCAGAGAGCUUGGUGUCCAUUACAAGAACAACAGGCUCGCAUUAAUCAAAUUACAUCAAAUUUGGAGGCAAAAUCCAUUCAAGUAACGAUGGAAACUCAAGUAGUUAGUGUCCAAACGGAUCCCUAUAUUUGCUGCUUAAGUAAAAAAACAGAGGAAGCUACUAAAGAAACCGAUAAGGAAACCGUAGUUUCUAAAGAUAGUAAAGAAUAUAGUAAAUCAAGUGAAAUUACAGAAAAGACAUUCCGUGAAGUGGGAAGUAAUACAGAAGAAACUGCCAGCUCGAUUCUUAACGAGCAACUAGAUCAAACACUGAAACUCGCAUCGGAACGCUCCGCGAUGCUUGUCAAGUGUCAAUCACAAUUAACCGAGUAUAAAGCGAAAGUGGAUGCGCUGAAUAAAGCGAUAGCGGAAAAAGAUUCGCAGUAUCAAUCAAAAAUCGCCACUCUGAACAAAGCGAUCGAGGAAAGAGAUUCACAGUAUCAAGUCGAAGUUGACACUCUGAACAAAGCGAUUGAGGAGAAAGAUUCGUAUCUUGCUCAAAAGCAGGAUGUACUUGACGAAUUAAUGACCCAACCGCAAGUUGCGAAUACCGAUAGCGCUGACAAGUUGGCUUUGAAGUCGACGAUAAAUAGUUUACAGAAGUUAAUUCAACAAAAAGAAGAAACUAUCCUAAGAUACCAAAAUUUGUUGAAAGAAGACAGGGACGAACAUAGUCGAGCAGCGAGUCGUUUUCAGGAUGAGAUUAAGAAUUUGCACGAUCAUAUAUUAGCUAUGCAAGGUAAAAUCCGAAAGAGUGAAGAUUCGGUUGUAACUAUAAAAAACGUUGUUGAAAAAACGUCGACGUUCGAUGGAAUUACAACGAGAAGCAGCGCUAUGCAGGAAGAAGAAAUUGCGAGGCUGCAUGAGAAAGUAUCUACUCUCGAAGCGGAAUUAAAUAUCAGCAAAGAACUGAGCGAACGUUGGCAUCAAUUAGCAGACGAAAGACUGAUGCAUAUGGAUCGUAUGAGAGAAAGAUUAGAGCAGCAGCAUAAAAAUGAAUUGGAGAGCUAUCGUGGCGAAUUAAAUAAGUGGCAAUCUGAGGCUGACGUACUUAGACAACAAUUAUCUGAGAAUCGCAUGUUACUCACAAAAGGAAAUAUUUCCCUGAUGAAAGAGCUGCAAGAUAAGGAUGACAAAAUACACGAGUUAACUCUUGCUUGUCAGCAACUGCAGAAUGAAGUUGAAUUAAUAGAAUCUGCAAACCGAUCUCAACAAAUGAUAGUUUAUACUCGAGGUGAUAUGAAAGCACACGAAACCGCGCACAGUAGUCACCGCGAUCAAACGCAACAACAAAAUCAAGUGGACGUUUUACGUCGACAGAUUCAGUCUUUAAUGGAAAAAGAGAAAAUGUAUAAGUACGAAAUAACCGAUUUGAAGCAGCAACUUAGUCGCAGAUACAUGGCAAUAAAAACUCAGGAGAAGAAGAUAUCGCAACGUGAAACGCAGCUUGAGCGCAAAGUAACAGCUUUGGAGGAAGAGUUGCAUAAAACAAAAACUCAGUUAGAUCGUGAAUACUUGGCACAAGGAGCUAAGAGGGCUAAGACCGCAGAGGAACUUUCGUUGUGGGAGAAACAGAAAAAGUGGCAGCAGACGGCAGAAAAAUUAAAGGAAAAGCUUAAAGGGAAGACUGAUGAGUAUGAGAAAUUGCUUGCAAAUUAUGAAAAGCUCCGAUCUGUCGUUUCGUGUAUGGAACGAGAAAAAUGGUAUUUGAGAAGCAAGCUCAAAUUUGAGGGCGAUACUUUAUCUGGUACUUUAUCAGGAAGACCCAUUUCAAAUAUCCAGCGUAACACAGUGGAAGAACAACUGGAGAAAGAAUGUCGGAUAUUGAGAGAUCGUGUUAAGGAAUUAACUGAUCGCCUAGAAAAGGAGAGCAACGAACACUUAAUGUUAGAAAUAGCGGAAUUAAAACGGCAUAACGCAGCUUUGGAGGCAGUUUCUCAGGGUAAUACAUGUGUAAUUAGUCAGCUUGAGAAGUUAGAAAUGGCUAAAGAUGUUCUUGAAAAGAUGAAUAUUAAGUUAGAAAGUGAAAACUUUGAGUUACGACUUGCAUUAGAGAGAGCGAAUUCGGAUACGCCGGGAUUGCGAGAAAAAGUCGAUCAUUUGGAAAAAUACAUAAAAUUGUUAAAAGCAGAAAAAUCUUCCGAUUCCACUCCUAGAUCGUCAGAAAAAGAACUGCCAGAGUCAAGCAAUAAAAAACCUAUUUUCGAAAUGGAAAAAACGAUAUUCACAUUGAAACGAAUUAUCGAGAAACUUCAGGCAGAAAAUAAAAGAUUGAAACUUAAUUCCAAGAAAAAUCAUUUUAUAGCCAAUCAAGUAAAUGGAAAAAAUAUCGAAGGAGGUUUAUUCCAAAGACAAUACGAGGAAUCACAGAAACGUGUGGUAAGUCUGGAGGCAGAUUUACGAUUGGCUGAACAAAGAGUAGCAAUGUUAGAAGAAGCUCAGAAGGAAGAUGACAAUGGAGAUUUCCGAAUCUUAAAGCAACAGUUGAUGCACAAAUCCGAGCUUUUAGAUAAGAUGAAGCAGUUAUUGACACGGGCUGCCAUUAAUGAGAAGACUCUGCGGCAACGCGUGCAACAGCUGGAAUCGAAGCAAACCCUGUCAACAAUUCCCGAGUGUUAUGUGACUCCACCUACGCCACAAUAAUGAAUGUUUUGGAAAUAAACUAUUCAUGGAUUUGCAAUGAAAAAAAAAAACACUUUUAUUGAGACAUAAGUACAUAUAUUUAUAUUUAUGUUUUUUUCAAUUAAACAUGCUUGUGAAGCCUUCUUUUCAUUUCCCACGUAGUUAUAUACGUUUCUUUCUAUAGUGUAAUAAUUUUAUAAUAAUUUCAUUUCGCAUACAUAGCAAUUACAUCAGUUUUUGCACAUGCAGAUAUACAACGUUUAUCAUAAAUAUUGAUACAAUGGUGUUCCAAAAUAUCAUAAUUUUUUAACUUACAAAUUCUUGACAUAAUCAGUUAACAAAUUUUUCUUAUCGAUACCUUUACUUAUUCCGUACUACUACGUGUAUAACAAAAAAGUAAAUUAUUACAAUUAUUAAAUGUGAAUUUAAUUAA